UUUUUUUUUUAAUCAUCCAGGUUCAUUUGGCUAGGACUUGCUUAUUCUGAAAUAAUGUAGAGAUCACACUUGAUGUACUAAAAAAUAUACUUUAUAUACUUUUAUCUUUUAGCUUUAUCAAAAGCAGGACAAUAGCACUAAGCAUCACAAAAUAAUACAUUGCUUUUUGGCAACACAUAAAUUAACAGAUUCAGAAUUCAAAGUUCAGAUACAUCUGUGAACUGUCAGCAUAAGUGGAAAAUGCACUGAAAUCCCCCUUAGUUUUUGCUUACAAUUGUAACCAAACCCAUAAAUAUAACUUUAAAGGAAUGAGACUUAAGCCAGAAACCCAUGCUUUGUCUACACUUAAAAGGGUUGGCUGGUAUAGCUACACCUUAGAGCUCUAUUGGCAAGCACAGAUUUCUUUUCUGGUAUAACUUAAAUAAUUUUCUGCAUAGAACACACUAAACUGGCUAAAGGACUCUGCCAACACAACAGCAUCUACACUAGGGCUUUUGCCAGUGUGGCUGUAGCUGCAUGGGAGUGAUUUUUCAUCUUUCUGACAGCUAUUUUGGCAAAACUUCUAUAUUUAGACUGUAUCCAAGUUAAAGUUGGCAUUGUUUUAUGUUGCAAAUAAAGCAGAAGAGAAGCAUUACCAGUUUAUGGGCCUGGUUUUACAUUAUUUUAAAUUGUUUGUUCUGAAGGAAUGCGUGGGGCAGGAUCCAUGUGGUCCUUUGGAUGUUUGCCUCCCACAUUUGUGUUGCAUUAAAAUCACUUAGUUUUUCAAUGAGUAAGCUUUGGCAAUGGGAAACUUGCGUUACUAAAAAAAGAUAGUGUCCAUAUUAUUCACCCCAGAAAUAGCUAUUCCAAUGCUUCAUAGCAAAUUUCCAAAGUGAACUGUAAAAAGAAGCAUCUGGGCUAAAGGACCUGUGGAUUAAUGCAUCAUUCUUCUUCACUCACUUUGCCCUCUUCAACAAAGAGUUUAAGCAUAGGAUUCAUUUUAAGCACACACAUAAGCCCAUUUCGAAUUCAGUAGUCAUGUCAGAUAUGAUAAUGCUUCUUUUUGAACUUUAAUUAAGGAGAUAUUUGAAAUUAAUCAUGUUUAAGCACUGUGCAGACUCAGGAUUUCUGUCAGAACUGCAAGUUUAGAUAGAGUGAGGCUAUUUAUUGUGGUCCCAUCUGCAUUUUCUAUUCUGAAGUGGAUGCUAAGUCAGUAGUUUAAAGAUGUCCCAAGGGGCAUAUUUUUUCCACAUAAGUACAUUCACGUAUUUGGCUCUUUUUUCCUAACCUCUCUUCCGUUAAGUGUGCUUUUCUGGUUUCAGAAAUCCACGCAGAGAAGUUCUCAUUGAUUUUGUACUUGUGCUUACUGUUGAACUCUUUCCUCUGCCAGACCUCGUGUUUGCAGGUGUAGUCCUGAUGCUCGGGUUUGCAAACCUGCCCUUGCUCCUGGAGCUGCACUGUGGGCAGCAGGCCAUGCCUCACUUGCAGACAGCGCAGGAGCUAUUUGAGGCAAAUAGGAAAUCUCAUGCAUAAUCAGUCAGCACUGAACCAGUGAGCCAAUUGGAUGAGGAAGUCUGAUUUAAUCAAGGCUUCUUCCUUCCUUUUUGUGAAACACAGAAUGUGCCUGUUAGAAGAAAGCACAGACAUAUUUUUCUGCGCUUUGAAAACGCGAAGCAGGCUUUUUGUGACUUCGCACACACUAUGCAGGCACCACAACUGGAAGGUCUUCAGCAGUAUCCAGUGAUAGCUUGCGGUGGACCAAGACUCGCACUGCGCAGCAGAAAGGGAACUGUUGGAAGCUAUUCCAGUGCAUCCCUAAGUCCCAACUCUUCAAUGACCACUAAGGAGCUUCAGGAAUAUUGGAGGAAUGAAAAACGCCAGUGCAAACAAGUCAAACUUGUUUUUGAAAUCCCAUCAACCAGAAUUGUAGAGCAUCACUUAUCUAAAUAUGUGAUGUAUAAAAUCAUCAUUCUGCAAACAGGGAGUUUUGACAGCAACAAGUGUGUAAUUGAGCGCCGUUACUCAGAUUUUGAGAAACUGCACAGAAAUCUGCUGGAGGAUUUUAGUGAAGAAAUGGAAGAUGUGACCUUUCCCAAAAAAACUCUGACAGGGAACUUCACAGAAGAAAUAAUCAAUGAGAGAAAAUUAGCCUUCAAGGACUACCUGAGACUUCUAUAUUCUAUGAAAUAUAUCAGAAGAUCAAAAAAAUUUAUUGAUUUUUUAACAAGGCCAGAGCUUCAGGAAGCAUAUGGGUGCCUGCGGGGUGGCCAGUACACCAAAGCUUUGGAAAUCCUUUUAGAAGUCAUUGGUCUGCAGGCAAGGCUGACAAGAGGCAGCCCUGUCUCAAUUGUCCCUACUCUCUGUGCCAUAGUGGUGUGCCACAAGGACCUGGAAAACCCAGCAAGUGCCUUUGAAUAUGGAGAAAAAGCUCUGUCGCAUCUUUGUGUACAUACUAGCCACAAGUAUUACAUUCCAUUGUUAGAAACAAUGAUCACUCUGGCAUAUGAACUUGGCAAGGAUUUUCUGUCUUUGCAAGAAAAACUGGAAGAAUGGAAGGCAAAAAAGGAUCCAAUUCGUAUUUUUACCCUGAAAGAACUUGCAGUUCGCGAGUAUGUACAAUGAACACAAGAAACAAUUUCUUUAAAAAGCAAAGCUGUCAACUUCUUUUCCC